CUGAGGGACCUGUGGGUGCGCUCUGAGGGUGUACACUGCAAAAAAUAUUCAUCCCGCAAGUCAUUUAGUCAGUUAAGUAGCCUACGGAAUGUGAAAGCGUUCUUUUUCUUUUUUUGGAGGUGAAGAUAUCUUUCAAUAAGUGGCACUUUGUUUCCAGACAUUUCUUUAAAUAACCGAAAUUUCCCUGCAAACAAGAAACAAGUGAAAUCAUCUCGCCGCAUUGUGUGGAAAAAAUCCGCUGUUUUAAGAGGAAAAAAAACCCAUUUAAUUGACAUUGAGACUCAACAGCUUUUCAAGACGGGCAUAUUUUUUGCAGUGCGGAUAAUCCUGAAGUCAUUCUCCGUCUCAUACAACAGCAGCCAAGGACACGAGAGCAUCAGCAGAGAGAGGGGAAAGAGGAGAGAGAAAGGUGCCUCCUCUCGCCAUUGCGAUAACUGGCUCGCUGCUGAAUCGAUGUCUGUGUGAAUGCUGCUCUAACGGGAGGCGAUAGGAGUGGCGGGGAAGCGGGGAAUUUAACUUCGCACGCGGACAAACCUAUGUUUGGAUUUCGGCUCUUUUUCCCUUCGCCAAUGCAAAAGGAAAUAUGCAGCGAAGCUUCACCAUCCUCUACACCAGUUUACUGGGGAUGUGCUUGGGUUCAAGCUCAAGUUUUCCAAGUAACAUCAAUAUAGGAGGAUUGUUCCCAAUCGAAUCGCACGAAUAUGAGGUUUUUCGUUUCGCCCUCUCUCACCACCAGGACAUCCCCAAACUGGUGCCGCAGGUGGAUAUGGUCAAGAUGGGGAAUAGCUUCUCCAUGACAUAUGCCUUUUGUUCCCAGUUCUCCAAAGGUGUGUAUGCCAUCAUUGGCCUGUAUGACAGGAAGACAGUCAACAUGCUCAUGUCCUUCUGCGGAGCGCUGCAUGUCUGCUUCGUCACGCCGUCCUUCCCCAUCGAGACAGCCAACCAGUUUGUCAUCCAGCUGAGGCCUGAGCUCCAGGACGCUCUGGUGGGAGUGAUUGACCACUACGGAUGGACCAAGUUUGUCUACAUGUACAGUUCUGACUCAGGCCUGUCGGUGCUGCAGAAGGUUCUGGACACAGCAGCGGAGAGGAACUGGCUGGUGACCUCGGUGAAUGUGGAGACCAUGACGGAGGCCUCCUUCUUGAAAGUGUUCCAGGAUUUAGACAAGAGGAAGGAGGGCCAGAUUAUCAUCGAUUGUGAGACUGAGAGGCUCACUGGCAUCCUUAAAAAGAUUGUUGAACAAGGCAAGAAUGCAAAGAGCUACCACUACAUCCUGGCUAACCUGGGUUUCCUGGACAUUGAUCUGACAGACCUGAGGAAAGGUGGGGCGAACAUCACCGGCUUCCAGCUCGUCAACAACUCUGAGCCCAGUGUCAGCCGUGUCGUUCAGCAGUGGAUGGAGUUUGACAACAAAGACUCCAAAGUGUCCAAGAGUGGACUCAAAUACACAGGUGCUCUAACAUAUGACGGGGUGAAAGUCAUGUCCACGGCCUUCCAGAAUUUAAGGAGACAGAGGAUAGACAUCUCUCGCAGGGGCAACGCUGGAGAGUGUCUUGCCAACCCACCAGCUCCCUGGGGACAGGGCAUAGACAUCCAGAGAGCCUUGCAGCAGGUCCGCAUAGAUGGAUUGACUGGUCACAUUCAGUUCAAUGAGAAAGGCCGCAGAACCAACUACACUGUUAGCGUCAUGGAACUGGCCCCCUCUGGACCCAAGAAGGUUGGCUACUGGAAUGAAGAUGAAAAGUAUGUGACUACCGCCAGCUUCAUGAGGGGCAGCAACGAGACUUACGGCCUGCAGAACAGAACAUACAUAGUCACCACUAUCUUGGAGUCUCCAUAUGUGAUGCAAAAGAAAAACCAUGAGCAGCUUGUGGGAAAUGACAAGUACGAGGGCUACAUUGUUGAGCUGGCUGCAGAGAUAGCCAAACAUGUGGGCUACCAGUACAAACUGAAGAUUGUUUCCGAUGGCAAAUAUGGAGCCAGAGAUCCUGAAACCAAGAUGUGGAAUGGCAUGGUGGGAGAACUGGUAUAUGGGAAAGCAGAUGUGGCUGUGGCACCUCUGACCAUCACCCUGGUCCGUGAAGAAGUGAUCGACUUUUCCAAGCCCUUCAUGUCCCUGGGUAUCUCCAUUAUGAUCAAGAAACCCACCAAAUCCAAACCUGGCGUGUUUUCAUUCCUGGACCCGCUGGCUUACGAGAUCUGGAUGUGCAUUGUGUUUGCCUACAUUGGCGUCAGUGUCGUCCUGUUCCUUGUCAGUCGAUUCAGCCCAUAUGAGUGGCACGCGGAGGACUACGAGGAGGGAGGUGAACCUCAGACUCCCACCCAAGCAUCAGCCUCCAACGGGGUGCAGCAGGGCCAGACACCAACGCAGCAGAACACCAACCAGCAGAGUCUUGAUCAGACCAAUGAGUUCGGCAUCUUCAACUCCCUUUGGUUCUCACUGGGGGCCUUCAUGCAGCAGGGCUGUGAUAUCUCACCACGCUCUCUGUCUGGCCGCAUUGUUGGAGGCGUCUGGUGGUUCUUCACCCUCAUCAUCAUCUCAUCCUAUACUGCCAACUUGGCUGCCUUCCUGACAGUGGAGAGGAUGGUGUCUCCUAUAGAGAGUGCUGAGGAUUUGGCUAAGCAGACAGAAAUCGCCUAUGGAACGCUGGAUGCCGGCUCCACCAAAGAAUUCUUCAGGAGGUCUAAGAUCGCUGUGUUUGAGAAGAUGUGGUCCUACAUGAAGGCGGCUGACCCGUCCGUGUUUGUCAAGACCACAGACGAGGGCGUAAUGAGAGUCAGGAAGUCCAAGGGCAAGUAUGCCUACCUGUUGGAGUCCACAAUGAACGAGUAUAUAGAGCAAAGGAAACCGUGUGACACUAUGAAGGUGGGAGGAAACCUGGACUCUAAAGGUUAUGGCAUCGCCACACCCAAGGGCUCCCCUCUCAGAAACCCAGUAAACCUGGCAGUGUUAAAACUGAACGAGCAGGGCCUCUUGGACAAAUUGAAAAACAAGUGGUGGUACGACAAGGGAGAGUGCGGCAGCGGGGGCGGGGACUCCAAGGACAAGACGAGCGCUCUGAGCCUCAGCAAUGUGGCGGGAGUCUUCUACAUCCUGAUCGGCGGCCUGGGCCUGGCCAUGCUGGUGGCACUGGUGGAGUUCUGCUACAAGUCCAGGACCGAGUCGCACCGAAUGAAGCAAUCCAUAAACGACGCCAUGCGCUGCUCCACCCUGACCAGGAUGAGUGGCAAUGGAGCGGCGGAGAGAACGGACGAAUCCUCACCCACGAUCCCCAAGACUGUUCAGACGCUGCCCUGUAUGAGCCACACCGCCAGCAUGGGACUGGGUGCCUCCGGCUGUGAUCAUCACGUCACUGUGCUGGCGGCGAGGAAUAGGCAGGGUGGGGCAGAAGAAGAGCACAAGACUCUAAUGACCUCAAAAAUCAUGGCUGUCCGGUUUGACCCAUCUAUUCUCCUGGCUGUCAACAUGCCCGACUUGAACAAGACUUAACUUACUGCCAAAAUGCACUCUCGAACCGCUCCGUACAAACCACAAACAGAGACUCGCAACAUUUUUUUUUUUAAAUAAAUGGAUGUUUGAAAAAGAGAUAUUUGAAAAAAAGAAGGGAAAUGUGCUGCAAUAAAGAAGCUGUCAACAGGGCGUUUUUGAAUUUUUUACAGUGUUCAUUUAUGUGGGGGGGAAAAAACGUUAUUCUUCAAUGUGACGCCUGCGCUGUGCCAUUUCAAUGGAGCUGUUGACGUUAGUCUGCGUGUGCAAUAUCUUCACCUCCACUGCUGACCUUGUAAUACCUAGAUGCUUUCUGAUAUCUUUGCACAGAUGUGGCAGGAGGAGGAUAAACACUUGUGACUGCUACGAUGAUCUGAUAUUGUUUUGGGACAUUCCCGCUCUCUUUCACUUUUGCAUUUACAUGCCAUUUUGGAAGGACAAAGUGCUCUGUGUAGCAUAGCCAUUUUUAAUGACAUAGUAUAUGGUUUACACUGUUGUAAUAGCGCAAAGAGCUUUGUCAAAAAGUAGUUUGAUUUGAUUUAUCCUCGACUGAAAGUUGAUGCUGUUUAAAUCAGUGGUUGACCAGACAACAACAAACAUGCAUUGCUGCUACGCCUCAUUUAACACAUCAUGCCUUGUCUUUGUGCCAUAUGACCAUUCUCACAGAUGCACACACAUACAGUACACUAUACACUUGUUGCUACUAGGUCAUUUGUUUGGCCAACAGAUAAAUAGAGAGUUUUAGUAUUUAAUGAUCACAAAACAGUCAGAGGACACAUUCAGAAAUGCUCACUUUGACCUGUGUGAGAGAUCAUAGAAUAGGGAAAACACACUGACACAUUAUGUACAGUACUGAGUGACCUUACACUGUAUUCUGCUGUUGUGACAUUCAUAGCAUAUCCAUUGAUAUACUAGAGAGUCUACUUGCAGCACAUGUUAAAAAACAAAGAUUGAUGAAUUCAGAUGUAAUCUGAAGAAGAUAUUCCUCAAACUAUUGUUGGAGCUGUUGCUGCAUAAUUCAUUCACUCCUGUGAUGUAUUUUCAGCUGUAUUCAGUGUUAAUGAAAUGGGCAGCGCAGCUAUUCGCUCUCAAUUUAUUGAGAGUGGCACAUCCCCUGCAGAUCGUGCGUGGCCUAUAAAAGGAAAGUUGGCCUCCUCUCGCUGUUGCUAGCUAGCUCAGGAAGGAGGCUGGAUGGAAACACUUGUGUGUGACAUAUAGAUUCGCAGUCAGUAUUAUCUGUUUUUAUCAAAAGUCAUGGUUACGGUUAUCACCCCACUGCUCUGCUGUAGAGUUCUCCCUUUCAGGUUAUGACAAACAGAAAUCAGAGUGGCAGGCCCUGGAUGGUAGAGGGCAGAGAUGACAAAGGGCAGACAGCCUGGGUUUGGCAUGUAGGCCUUAAAGGAAAAUUCCACCUGAAAACAUUUCAAUACUGUUAACACAAAAUGCUUCGCAAUUCUUGGCCCAUAUUGUCGCUUAGUAGUGUAUUUUAUAUUCCCAUGAGUGACUGACCAACAUUGACAACAGCAGAAAACAAACUUUAGCUCAUGUUGUGAUUUAGACUCAAAGGACAGAAAAAGAGGCUGGCAUGAUUAUAUAUUUUUCUAACAAAUCCCAUGAAAGGACAUGAUAACAAUGCGUUGGUUCAUCUCUCAAAGGCCCUGAAAACCUAUUUUCUCAACCAGCUUCUUAGAAUGGGCAAUGGGGUCCUACGUUUUGUCUGAGCUCUAAUCACUUUUCUAUUGUGGGUGGGACUCAGUUGAGAAAAGGCGAUGUCACGCACAUCUGUGAAGCAAUGAGGAUUUAGCAAUAUUUGACACAAAAAUGUGAAGACAGUUGUGGGGUUGUUUGCCGAUGUUGUAGGCCACUGUCAAUCAAAUCUGAUCAAACCACACCCACACAGUCCUGAUGAAGCUGAUUACUUUUUUUCAGUGUUAAACUCUUAAUAAAUAACACUUAUCAAUGUUUUUUUUCCAAGAUUUCAACUGACUGUUGAGCAUUUCGUAAUGAAUAUGUAAUGUUUUGAGGGGCUUUAAUACUCUCUGUCUGUGACACUCGCUUGAUUCCUACUGGAGACUUACAAAACAGCUGAUAAAUAUAUAGUUUCAUUUUUAAAAUAUGCUCAGUAUUUUACCAAAACAGCAGGACACUGUAUUGUUAGUCAAACACGAGUAAAUAGUGCAUUUGUUGGGGACUAUUUUCAGCAGCGAAUUGAUACACAUUUGAUGCAUUAGUGACUAUACAUGGCAGCCUGACAGUGCGGAAUUUACUCAAAGUAAACAACAGUUCCCAUGUCCAUGGUAAUGAAAGAAAUGACACUGCCACGAUGUGGCUCACUGAAAUGGAAGGAAUGUUACAGGAUAUCCGGCCUUGACUACACAGGAAAUACUUGUUUUGUAAGAUAAAUUCAUCGUUGGUUUUGGUCUUUUCAUGGGAAUUGUUGACAAUAAGAAAAUACAGACAGCCUUUUAACUCAACAGUCUUACGUGUCAAAGCAGGAUAGAAAUCAAUAACAGUUUUUCACAACGCAUCACAGCCAGAAACUAUGUGAAGGGUACAUUCUGUGCCUUCUUCCAACACAAACAUCGUUUCCUCUUACCUAUCUAUCGCGUUACCUCUCUCCACCUACACAAAUAUUCCACUGCAGAGUACAAUUUAUUCAGCUACCUGGAUUAUCAGAAGUAAUCCAAGAAAAUAUAGGAAAUGAUCAAGUUAAAUCUAAGCAGGUUGCGGGAAAAGUGGGUGCUUCAAAAUGGCAAAUUACAGUAAUUCAUCACAGGACAUAUGUCCUGAAAUGCACUAAUCAUCACAAAUGGUUGAUAGUCCAACAGUGUCCAAAGGUGUAAUUUGGCUUCAAGGUGACUGGAAGGUUGUCGCUUGAAAUGGGAUUUUCACUGCUGUGGGAUGCCAGAGGUCGGCUUUAGAUUAUGUACCGCACACUCUAGCUGACCUCUCAUUUCCCAGCAGAGGCCAAGUGCCUGUACAAAGGCAGCACUCAUCCUCUGCUUCCACAGCUUGUCGUGUAUUAUUUCUCUUCUCCUCUGAGUUUCUGCUUUAAAAAAAUACGGUACCAAAUCUAAUGUAUGACCUCUCUCUUUCCCUACAUCGUCAUACAAGCAAGAAAAAUGGGCGGUCAGAGUUUACUGAAAUCAUACAUAUCUCCACCUAUUAUGUAUAUAAAAGGCUUUUCUCUUCCCUAGUGAAAAUGUUUGUUCUCCUCCCAUUCAUGCCUCAGUGUACCUGAAUUAGUUACCUACCGCGUGAGUACUUUUGCUUUCUUCCCUCAUCUAUCCGUCUUCUUUUGCUGAUGUUGUAUUAAUUAGGACACAGCACAGCACUUUUCAGUGGAGGCUUUAUACCUUCAGGAAGAUGUUUUAUAUGCCAUAACAGAUUUGUAAAAAAGACAUUCAAUGUUUGUAUUAUAAAAGAGAGUUGGGGUGCCAAGAAAGUGUUAUACACUUUGAAGAGUGUAAAAAAUAAAACACACACACACACUGAUGUUGAGUAAUCUGUAGACGUUAAUGUUUAAAGCCAGUUUUGAGUUAAUUUCAUUUAAUUUUGUUGCAAUUUCAAAAAGAAUUUCCUGUUGAUGUCUUUUAAGUGCUUGAAAUUUAACACCAUUUGAAUAUUUCUUUGUUGCUUUACUUUUUCACAGUAUUUUACUACUGGAAUCUAACCAUGAGAGUUUGUUCACCAGAAACAUCAUUAUUGUUGGGUUUUUUUUAACUAUUGAAAGGGUGUUACUGAGUUUUGAAAUUAAAACGAUGGUCAAUAAAUGGGUUCACAGUUAAAAAAAAGAGUAAAAAUAUAACUAUAAGGAAUCAGACUUUUGAGAAAUAAACUUUUUUUUCUAACCAAAGUGUCCUGGAAGGAAGUCAUCAUGCUUUUGUAACCGAAUAAAGGAAUAAACUGUA